AUGACCACCAUGACAACCGUCGACUAUACAACCCUUACCAAGGUCUUAGAGUCCUUGUACAAAAUUCCCACAUCUCCUGAAUACCUCUUUCAAGGGGAAUCCAUCGCUCAACGCCGUUCAUGGUGCAAAAACUUGACAUACUACACCGGCAUCGGUUACCUCAGCGGCGCAGUAGUUAGCGCUGGGAAGGGUUUAGUAGAGGAUGUGAAGGAUUAUGAGGCUAGUGACACCAUGAAACUUAAGGCGGCAAUGGGCCCUAGGUCUGCGGCUGUUGCUGGAGUUAUUGGUGGAAUAGCGGUGGGAUUAGCAAGAAGGGAGGAAGUGCUAGAAUUUCCUAAAAAUGAAACAGAUUUGGGUGUUGUGGAGGAGCCACCGGUGGUGGCAAGUGAAGUUGAAGCAUCUAAGCAUAAUAGUGAACUGAAAGUUGAGCCAGUGAUGAAGGAGGCCGACGAUAAGAUUCAUGGGAAAAUGGGAGAAGGUACACAAAACAUACUUCUCGUGUCUCCGGAGUAUGUGAAAGUGCCUAAUUACAAGGUAUGA